CACUUGUGAGGGCGGGCUGGGAAUAUAACUGGAUCAGCAACAGAUGGAACAGGCGGGUGUGUGGAACAGUCAUCUGAGCUAGCGAGCCGGCCGUAAUUGCUCAAACGUUACCUUAGUGGGCUACAUUUUUCACUGAAGUUGUGCAUGGCCACAUUUGAAGGACCGAAUCGGUUCCUAAUGGGGAUUGUAACGCAAGUCGGCGUUCCCGUGGGCUGGAGCCGUACAAAAAAUAACGACAGCGACGUUUGAAAGAGGAUAUUACAGUAAGCACUAUAAGACAAGAUGGACAUUUCAGAAUUCAACGCGACCACAAAACCACCGACAGGUAGGAAGAUGAAGGGCCGUGCUCCCCCUCCACCCCUCGUCCCCCAGCCUGCCCCGCGCAGGAUCUUCACUGCCAGAAAUGCAGUCCCUGAUGGAGGGCUGGGCAGCGACGACACGAAGGAGAACGUGUUCCGCCCUUCCGUGGACCUACUCAUCACCCUGCCAGAGGGGUUUCAGACGUCCAGCACGGUGGACGGCCGUAAAGCGCUGAUGGACCUGCUGGUGGACCUCUGCAGCCAGCACCACCUGAACCCGGCACACUACACCCUGGAGCUGCUGUCGCCCGGCAGCCAGCCGCUGGCCUUCAAGCCCAACACUCUGCUGGGGGCGCUGGACGUGCACCACAUCCACAUCAGGGAGAAGGUGGCCGAGGAGAAAGUGGUUCGUAAGCCCCCGCCGAAAGUGCCAGAGAAGACGGUGCGUCUGGUGGUGAACUACCACGGGACCCAGAAGGCCGUGGUUCGCGUGAACCCACUGGCUCCGCUGGGAAGCCUGGUGCCCGUCAUCUGUGACAAGUGUGAGUUUGACCCCGCCCACGUCCUCCUGCUCCAGGACAACAUCAGCAACCACGAGCUGGACCUGGACCAGUCCCUGAGCGAGCUGGGGAUCAGGGAGCUCUACGUGCUGGACCAGAGUCUGGUUCUUCAACCUAAAAUGGCUUCCGCACCUGCUCUUAAUUACUCAGAAUCGAUACACUCCAACACCUUAAGUAUUGGCAGAGGUCAGAAGAGAGGCCUCCUGGGAUUCUUCAAGUUCAACCGGAGGAAAACAAAGACUGAAGAGCACACAUCUGUGGACAUGGAGGCUGAUGAUGAUAAUAAUGUUGAAAGCUCAGAGAGCUACUGCAAUGGUGUCCCUGCUGCCCCCUGCAGGCUGUUCGUGGAGGCUCGGCCCAGCACUCUGGGGCAGUCCCAGUCUGUCAUGAACAUCCCCAGAAUGUCCCCCAAAGUGGAAGUGAAGAAGCGGCAGGCUCCCCUGCCUCCUCAGGCCCUGCCCACGCUGUCGCAGGCUCCAAGCUCAUUGGACGGUUUCCAGAUGAGCUCCAGCUCCCCCAGCUCCUCCCAGCAGAAGAAGAGGAAGGCUCCAGCCCCACCCCCGACCCCGGUCCCAAGCAUCGCAGCGGAGGACACUGCGUCGGAGAUUAGUCACAGCACGGAGGACUCCGAGCCCGUAGGCUCCAUCUGCAGCAGCAGCAGCAGCUAUAUGGAGGUCACAGAGCCCGCCCCCAGCACCACGCCCGAGGAAGAGCCCGCCCCCAGCACCACGUCCGAGGAAGAGCCCGCCCCCAGCACCACACCCGAGGCAGAGCCCGCCCACAACACAAAGCCCAAGGCAGAGCCCGCCAGCCGCAGCACACCCAAGGCAGAACCCACCAGAGCCACUGCACCUGAGGAGACCGAUUCUGCUCUCAACCUCAAACUGGAGGAGAUGGAGAACAACCGGCACAGCACCAUGGGUGCCGGGCGUCAAGUGCCACUCAAACCUCGGCGAACCCCACCCCGGGCCCCGCCCCAGUUAGAGAUCCCCCCUCCUCCGCCAUAUCCUCCCCCUUCCACAGGCCAGGAUCCCCUUCAUGUUCAGUUGGAGGCAGCCCAGUCCUGGCUGCAUUCUCUGCAGGAGCGUGGGUCGGACCCGGCCCCGGGGGCGGAGCUAGACGUGGAGCUGGAAGCCGAGACCGUGUCCAUGGACAGCGGCAGCAGCUGCCCAGACCAGGGCUAUGCGGCCUCGGAGGGCAUGGCGGAGGACUCCUGCGUCAUCAGCUCGCCCUCUGACCUCGCCCACCCAGCCUCUCCUGACGGCAGCAUCUCCCUCGAGCAGGGCUCCACCCACACUCAUGCCACGCCCAAGGACAGCUCCAGCGACAGCGAUGAAGGCUGUGCCACCUGGGGCUCGCGGCACGAACGCAGCAGCGAUAUUUACCACAAUAGCUCGUCGGGCAGAAGAGAGGACAACUAUGAAGACCCAGAACUCACAACUCAACUUCACCAGACUCUAGCUGACCUUGAAGCCGACUUGGCAGAUGCUGACCGCACAACGGGGGUGUCAGUCAGAGAGCUCUCUGUGUCUUCGAUGGACAGGUCCCCCCACAGUGAGAUCCCUGUGUCUGUCGUGGACUGUGAGGUUCCCGUGACAACAAUAGAUGAAGUGUUUGAGGACUACAGGCACAGCAUGACAGAGUAUGAAGCAGCACUGCUGCAUAGCAUGCAAAUCUCAAAUGGUGCAAAUCAGAGCUGCUCUUAUCAGCCCAAUGGCCAUAGUGAAAACAGAAACAACAACGCCCGCACGUCUGAAAGGCAGGGCGGAGCCAGUGCCACCCCUCCCCAUGAAGUGCAGGGCAUCUCUUUGCCUGACAAACACCUGAGCUGCAGCAGAGAACAGAAGGACAGGAGCUCUGUGAGCCAGGCUACUGACACCAAACCCAAGCCCCAGAGAGAAAGCAGUCUCCAAGAGGAGGCUUGUUCUGUGGAAGCACAAACCCCAUUCCAGAGCGUUCCCAGCAGCCCAGUAGAGUGCCCUGCUGAUGAUGAGCCUGCAACCUCAAUCCGGUGGCAAACAACCCAGAGUAAAAUCACUCAGAAUCCUACCUCUCGAUUUGGUAUGAAGACCUUCACUGUUGUUCCACCGAAACCUGUCCUGGCCCAGAAGUCAGCUGGCUCCCUGGUCAUGGGUGCCAUUAAAAUUGAUGCACAAGGUAAUAUGGUGAAAAAUGACAAAUCUCAAAACCAGUAUGGCGAAUCACUACAGUCUGGGAGUGACUCAGAGCUGCCACUGCUGGGGAAAGCUAAGGCCUUCUGGAGCUCCACAGAGAAGCAGGAAUUAGUCGCCUCCAGCAGGGGGCGCGCUCCCAAAAACAAAGAUCCUGAAAUCCUUAGAGCACCUCCUGUAGAACAUCCAGCAGAAUGUGGUAAAGACCGGAAGGGAAGACCUGAAGUAACUUUGGGGGAGGUUGUGGAGACGGUGGUCGAGCUAGCCAACAGAAAACCUUCCAAUCAGGAGCCUACACAGCAGUCCAUGAAACCCACCUGUGAAUUGGAGCAGAGGAAAGACCUGUCCUUUUUGAAGCCCUCCAGGAGAACCUCCAGUCAGUAUGUAGCCUCUGCCAUUUCUAAAUACACUGGGAAGCCAACUUUCAAAGCUGAGCGCAUUCAGGAAACACAGAGCAUUGCCAGAUUCUCUGUGUCCGAGCAAAAGCCUCCUGGAAAUCAAAACUGUUCAAACAGACCAGAAACAUGCAGCAAGUAUGCUAGAACAUCUUCAGAGACAUUCCAAACGACACAGGUCAAGUCGUCCAUGUUGGUGGUGAAUCCUAAACGCUCCCUGAGUUUCCCAGAUUACACCUCAGUAAAAUCAGAGAGUGCUGCUGAGCUGAAACAGGACAGCACAAGCACCAGCUCACUAGACACAAAUCCAACCAGCAGGGUCUCCCAGCCCCCCAACACUUUACUCCUGAAGCAACCUGUUGCAACUGCACAGACACCAAGGUCCCCCACCAGACCAGAUGCACCCCUCACCAAACAUCUCCAGAACUUGUGUCCUGCACAAUGUGGCAGGGACGGGAUGCGUCCAGAGCUUGCAAAGAAGCCGGAACCUCUGCCAGCCCCCUGUGCGCGGUCAGAACCUGGACAGGUUGGGCCAUUUGGGCCGAUGAAGAAGUUCAAACCCGUGGUUCUGAAGUCAGUUCAGAAGGAGACGUCUCUGCACACCAGCCUGAUGGAGGAAAUCCAGAUGAGCGAGGGGAAGGAGAGGCUCAAGAGGAUAGUUGAUGCUACAAGAGAGAGCACUUUGAAAAAGCCGUCCUUUGUUGAAACAGAAAAUGAACACUCAGCACUUUUAUCAGCGAUCAGAGCUACAAACAACUUCUCAAGACUCAGGAAGGUCCAGUCUGAGGCGGCUUCAGAGCUUGAGAAGUUCAGGAAAUCUGAGCUGAAACCCAGCCCUCAGAGCAAGGAUACCCCUCCUCUCUCUGCCCCUCCUCCUCCUCCUCCUUUCUCUGCCCCUCCUCCUCCUCCUCCUCCUCCUCUCUUUGCCCCUCCUCCUCCUCCUGCUCUGUCUGCUCGGGCCAAGCCCACCCUUGCCCUGAAGAAUACGGGGAACCCAGAGCAGGCUCGUGAAGCCAUGCUGGAGGCCAUCCGGUCCGGAUCAGGUGCCGAACGUUUGAAGAAGGUCCCUAUUCCCACUAAAACAGUGCUCGUCAAUGGAAGACGUGGUAUAAUACAGACAGCCGGUCCUCUCCCACAGGAAAACUAAAGAUUGUUCUGGAAUUUCAUCUGCAUCCACCAGCCCAACCAUCCAAGAGGAGCUCUGCAAGCCAAAUGAUGCAAUUAAUAACCUUUUUGUAUUCUCGCUUAUGUGUCCUUGAAUAUAUCUUCUUUGCUGGUCAUAGAAAUGCUGUGGAGUGCAUGUGCCAAUGACUGCAUAUUUGAAAAUGUAUUUUUUGUUUCUUUUCUGGUUUAGAAUUAAUGUUGAUUUUUAUGCAAGGUCUUUCCUGCUUAAGACAUCUACUGUUUGAUGAUUGCAUCUCCAAGGAUGGGUUGAUAAUUCACCUGCCAAUCACAGCAUCUAUGCCUGAUUCUAAUGGGCCCAGACAUACAGUGCUGUUAUACUUUAGUCUUUAGAUUUUCCAAAGCAGAUGAAAAAACACCUUUAAAAAUGGCUUUUAAUGGGAAUGAGAGAAACAGUUGGAGAGCUAGAGUUGAAAUUAAUUUUCUUAGAAAAAGUCUCUGUGUUUUAAGUCAGACAUUUUUCUGACCUUGUACACUACAUAAGCUAGUCUCUUCUGAGUAAGCUAACGUCCAGCAACCACUGACAUUUAAUUGAGUGAGGCCUAUUUUGGUAUAAUGCCCCACACUACGUUUUUGGGCGAGGCAAUGGAAUUCUCCAUAAAAUAGAGAUUGGUAGCUGGGUACGACAAAAGUUUUUCUGGCUUGAAAAAAAUAUAAAUGGGCUAUUGCUCUAUUUUUGGUGGAAUGGAGUAAAUCUGCAUGUUUCAUAUAUUUCAUGCUUGCUCUAUUUGAGGGCAGUUAAAAACGUUUUACCAUUUAUUUAAAACACUGGCUCUAAUUUAGAGAUUUUUUUGUUGUACAUUUUACUUUACUUUAAGUAUUGAAUCAUUUUUGUCUAUUUAUGUAAACUAUUACUUUGCCUGAUUGUAGGCAGAGUGGUGUAGUUUGCCUAUUUCAGUAUUACUGAUAGGUGAGUUCUUACUAACACAUUUACUCAUGCCAUUAUUUGAGUAUUGAAAUAGUGUGUCUGAAAAUGAAGUUAUAAAUGGAUCUGAGGACGUUUAACUAUAGAUCCAUGCUUUCAAGACCUGUUUCAGAUAGAAUUAGUCUUCUUAAGCCCUUUGCUCCUCUAGAGAGAGCAGGUAGAAUCUGUACAUUAAUAAAAUAUGUAAAAACGGAAGCCUAUAUGACAGGCCUGAGUGGUCUUGGAGGGGUCUUUCAUAAGAGAACAUUUAUUGUGGGGUUCUUCAAGGCUAGGUUCCAGUGUCAGAGUUUAAUAUCAGGAUGGCUUGUUUUGGCCCUUUUACAUUCCUGUUAUUUUUUCAUGUUUAUCUCUGCAAAUGUGACUAGCUCACAGGUGUGCAGAAGACACUAUUUGUUGCCCUAGGUCAUAGGCCACAAAAAUAUGAUCAUGAAACUAUUUUCCAAACAUCAAAAACUCACAGACCAAAUCCUGACUGUGCCAGUGCCAAUGACAACCAAGAAUUCUGGCCUAUUGCUCAAUAUUGAUCCCAUUUAUCAGUUGGGCACUUCAACUUUACCAGUGGUGUCAAUUGCACAGACUUCUAACACAGUAAUUGUGCUGAUCAUCUAUUGGAUCAGAGUGAAAAGAAACACUUUGCUGUCUGCACAGGAAUUAAUGGAUGUGCAUGCUUGUGUGUCUCAUCCCAAAUUGACAUUGCAGCAAUGGAGCAGGUCCAGGUUGUGACUGAACAUUCAAAAGUUGGGGAACAAGCAAUUUGGAAAGAAAAGAAAAUGGCUUGUGCUUUGGCACAUCAGACAUGGAUUAUAAAAUGUUUGUUAUGAAUAUUGGCCCUGGGCUGCCCCAGGUAGGCCCAGUAUGAUCAAAACAGAUCUCUUGAUGGGGCUGACAGUAAAAUUGUCACAUUUAUUGUGCUCCUUUCAAUUAGUCAUAAGCUCCAACCGUUAUGGCUUUCAGAAGUUUUAUAUAUGUACACAUGUCAAUAACUUUUUACAGCUUUUACGAAUUCCACUCACAUUUGACACAUGCAUAAGGCACUGUGAGAAUUCACUCAUUCAACUAUAGUAAUGGUUGUCAUCCAUCUGUCUUUAGAUACACUGUUGAAUGUAGUCUUGAUAAAAAUCCCCAGCCAUUCAGCUUGAACACUAUUUGCAUAUAGCCUCUAGUAAAAAAAUGUCCAAUGAUUAUACCAGAAUGUGAUUAUGCUGAGAUUAUGUAUAUUUUGUUAAAGAAUAAUAUAUUACUUUUAUGACUACGUUUAGGGUCUUGAACAUGUAACAGAAUAGUGUUAAAUCAAUUUAAGGGCUGAAUUUUGUUUUAUAAAUAAUACAGGGAAUUUCAUUUUGUUAGGUACUUAAUGGACAUGUACGAAUGAUACAUAUUUUUGCCUUCCUAAUUAUUCAUUCAAUAAAUAAUUUUUGUAAUCAUGAAA